AUGGGUCCAGGUGCCCAGAUGCGCAAAAAAGUAGCUUUCAAUCAAGUUCUGUUUAUUGUAUGCAUGGCAAAAAAUGCCGUUUGCUACCGUUUUCAUAAGAGUCUCGACCUUGAUGCUUCAAAACACAACAACCAGAUGCAGCAUCCUUCGCCCAACGCGCGAGUCACUGACUCGAGGACAAUGCCCAGUACUGGGCCUACCUAG